CCCAACAAUCAUUUUUCUUUCAAGAACGAAGCUAACUUAGCACAAAACGCAAAAAUGGGCUGCUGUUUCCGGUCAAAUAGUCCCAAGAACAGCACCACCAUGACUUCCUUCUCCUUGGAAGCCGCCACCCUUCCACUGCCGCAACAAAACGCAGAAACUAGGAACCUAAGAUCACAGGAGAUUCUUCUGCAGAUUCCAAACUGCACAGUUCACCUCAUGGACGAAGGCGAAGCCAUGGAACUCGCCUGGGGAGACUUCACUCUGCUCCAAAUAUCUGACCAGAAUGUUCCUCUGGCCACCGUCAUUAAAGUCGGCGACGAUCUGCAGUGGCCGUUGACAAAAGACGAGCCGGUGGUCAAGCUGGAUUCCCUGCAUUACCUGUUUUCGCUGCCCAUGAAAGACGGGGAUCCCUUGAGUUAUGGGGUGACCUUUCCGGAGCAACAGGGGCAGGGUGGUGGUAAUUUGGGUCUGCUGGAUUCGUUUCUGAAGGAGCACACAUGCUUUUCCGGUGAUGGCGCGACAACAAAGAGGAGAAAAGAUCUAGAUUGGAAGGAGUUUGCUCCAAAGAUUGAAGAUUAUAACAACAUUUUGGCUAAGGCAAUUGCUGGAGGAACAGGGCAGAUUGUCAAGGGAAUCUUCAAAUGCAGUAAUGCUUAUACCAACCAGAUUCAGAAGGGAGGGGAAAUCAUUUUAACACAAGCAGCAGAGGAGAAAAAUGGGGUCAGAUUAGCAUCGAGGGGUGGGGACACAAAAAAGAGUGGAAUCAACAAAAGCUUGAAACGUGUGAGAAAGCUGUCCAAAGCCACAGAAAAGAUGAGCAAAUCCAUGGUGGAUAUUGUGGGGUUAGCCACAGGAACAGUCAUGGCACCCCUGGUUAACUCCAGGCCCGGAAAAGCUUUCCUUAGCAUGGUUCCAGGAGAAGUCAUCUUGGCUUCCCUUGAUGCUGUUAAUAGAAUUCUAGAUGCGGCUGAAGCAGCGGAAAAACAAGCUCUUUCCUCAACCUCUAGUGCCACAACUAGAAUGGUUAGCGAGAGGUUUGGGGAGAGAGCAGGAGAGGCCACCGAAGAUGUGCUAGCGACUGCAGGGCAUGUUGCUGGCGCUGCCUGGAACAUCUUUAAGAUUCGCAAGGCAUUGACUCCUUCAUCGGCUACCACAUCGGGGGUCUUGAAGAAUGCAGCUAAGAACAAAAACAGAUAUUCUUAAUUAGCAGUUGAGACCUAAUUCCAAUGAAUUUCAUUGCAAUAAUGUGUGGAUUUGAUACUGAAGACAGUGAAGAAGCAACAUGUCCAAAAUGUUUUGUUUAAAAUUCUAUAACU